CCGGUCCAACUGCGAAGCCAGCGGCGUCCUACUCCGAAGUGAGGAGAAAGAGAGAUGCUCUCCGAACACCCCAACAAACUAAAGCAAAGUAGAAGACAUUCCUGCUGCUAAACGGGGCAGAGGACUGGGUCUCCGGCCACGCCCCCAGGCACACCCGGGUGUCGUUCAACCAAAACACAAGCCGGGGGCGUCCCGGAUGCGCUUCCUGUGUCCACCGGGCUCAGCCAUGAACAGCGGCGUGUGCCUGUGCGUGCUGAUGGCGGCCCUGGCGGCGGGCGCCCUGGCGCAGCCCGUGCCCCCGCCGGACUCGGAGGGCCCUGGGGCACAGCGGGACGAGGAGGCGACGCGGAGGCAGCUGAGGGCAGUGCAGAGGCUUGACGGCGAGCCCCGAGCGCACCUGGGCGCGCUGCUGGCCAGAUACAUCCAGCCGUCCCGGAAAGCUCCUUCCGGCCGAAUGUCCCUGGUCAAGAACUCGCAGAACCGGGACCCCAGAUACAACACAGGUGACCGGGACUACAUGGGCUGGAUGGACUUCGGCCGGCGCAGCGUCGAGGAGUACGAGUACCCCUCCUAGGGCCCCGGCCCCCCAUCAGGGCCCCAGGAAGCGCCCUCCUGACUCCCAGGGGGCAGAAAAACAACGCAAUCACACUCACAACUAUUGUCUCUGAAGUCGGGCAUUUUCAGCGUCUAUUUAUUAAGCUCUCAAUGUGAAAAGUCUGGAGGUUGUCUGGCGCAGCCAUGCACCUCAGCAGAAUCGUACGAAUGGAAGAUACACAUUCUCCUCCCCCGUGAUUCCUGGUCCCAAAGUGUUGCUGUGCUAUUAAAGUGAUUUCAUUCCGCA